AUGAUCCCUGCUUGUUUCAGUAAUCCAAGCACUCUCUCUAGUGAAAAUACUACUAGUACAGCUCCAAUGCCUCAAAACCUCAUAACAUGCACUUACCAAACUCACCUUUGCAACUCACCCACCCAACUCACCCUCACCUGGUCCAAGACUCUCUUCUCUCACACCUUAACCCUGUUCCCUUCAGACAAUUCCUUCUCCACCACCAUCUCUCUCUACCCAUCAACCUUCUCCUUCUUCCGGACCCGGGCUGGGUCCAAAUCCAUCAACUUGACCCACCACCACUACCAGAAGAUCAAGCUGCACUGGGACUUCACUCGGGCCGAGUUCGCCGGCAACUCGGCGGAGCCCGACUCGUCGUUCUACAUCGCCAUUACUUUCAACUCCAGGCUGGAAUUCUUCCUCGGCGACCUCCGGGAUGAGUUGACCCGGCGGGCUGGGGUGACGGAGCCGCGAUGCUACUCAGCCGAGUCGACCCUGCUGUCUCGGAGGGAGCACGUGUUUGGGCGCAGGAUUUACGUAACUCGGGCGCAGUUCAUGAGGUCCAAACACGAGAUAGAGAUAGACUGUGGCGGAGGAGUGCUCAAAGUAAAAGUCAAUGGGGUGACGAGCCUUGUAGUAAAGAGACUUGCAUGGAAAUUCAGAGGGAAUGAGAGAAUCAUGAUUAGUGGAGUGGAGGUAGAGUUUUAUUGGGAUGUGUUCAAUUGGGUCAACAAAAGUAGUGGCAACAGCAAAAGUGGGUCUGGCCAUGGUGUUUUUGUGUUCCAAAUUGGGGAUGGUGGUGGCAUUUGGCCGGAAAUGGCGGGCCCGGAGAAGAGGUUGAUGAGGAAGAGCUUUUCGGGGGCGGUGGGGGCGGCCGCGGUGCAGCCGCCGUCGCCGUCGCCGUCGUGCUCGAGUGUGUUGCAGUGGGCGGAAGAGAGUAGUAGUCAUGAGGGUGGUAGAAGUUCAUGUUCUUCGUCCACCAAGUCUUGUGGGAGUAAUGGUGGUGGCUUUUCUUUGUUGUUGUAUGCUUGGAGGAAAGAGUGA